GAUCAUAGCAGACGGUGUUUCAGGGAGGGACAGGUAGCUAAAAUGCCUAUGCGUGAAGUUCUGAUGAUGCGACCUGAGGAUGACUGCAAUGAUCUAUCAUCAUUUGAGAGUGAAGUGCGGGAAUGGGAAGAGGUCAAUCAUCGACUCCGCCAGAAUGGAUUUCCAAAAGUGAAGUUGCUGCAUCCAGAAGAUGUGUGCAUCUCAUCUGGUGAGGUCGUGUGUUUUGACUUGGCUACCAGUGAAUCACUAAGGGAGACCCUUGACUCUCUUAUGCAAGGCUCUGAUACAUCUGUGGUGGACAAGUACCAGACAAAAAUCAAAGAUCUCAAAAUUAUGCUCGAAUGUUCAAGAUCAAGAGUAAAGGAACUUGAAAAGGAGUUGCAGCGUUCGCCAGUGUACUCUCCUGAAGUGAAUAACCCCAACUAUAAGAGGCCUGCAUCGUCCACCGACCCCCACAGUAAGAAGCUCGAACUUCAGUGUCAGGAGAAAGACAUCCAGAUUGACAUGCUGCAGAGAAAAAUACACAAACUGGUCGAAGAGGAGAACAAAAGGCGGUUGCGACAGAACCAGGUUUUCCAGGAGUUCAAGAAGAGGACAUCUCGCGCCCACAGUGUCAUGGAUGAGAAAUUGCUGGAUGUUAUAGAUUCUUAUGAACAACAGGUGUGUUGUUUGCAGAAAGAGCUAUGCCAGUUCAAAAAAGGAGAACAUAGCGUUAAUGAUGACUUUCAGCAUUUUGAUGCCUCAAAUAAUAUGAAGGGAGUCAUCAAGUCCUUCGAGAAACAGCUUUGUGAAUGUCGGAAGAAGAUACACAAGUUGGAAGAUGAGAAGGAAAACCUGGUGCUGGACUUGGGAGGAAAACCAGAUUUGAAAGAAUAUCGAACAGCCACUCUUCGCAUGAAGAAACUAGAAAAGCUGCUUUCUCUUCACAACAUAAGUAUUCCUGGUGAAAAACAACACAAAGAUCCUUUUAGACUGAGGAAGAACUACUCCACCAGAGCAGAGGAGCUGAGUUGUCUCCCCUUAGACUUCUGUCGGCAUUACUUGAAGGAAAUUUGUAUUGAGUUGUCAGUAGACGAUGUCGAACAAAUCAUUCCGUGUCUUCAAAACCUGAAAGAUGAUGCGAAACAUUAUAGAAUGUAUGAAAAGUUCUGUGAACACAUACACGGGAUCAUCUCGAGCGUGCAGGGACACAGUCGGGGGAAACGACCACACCCGAAGCGGCAGCCUCUCUCUGAUUCACAGCUACAGUACAACCUCGAGAUUGUCGACAACUGGAAACAGGAUAUUGCAGCUCUGCAGGAGUUGCAGAGAACAUUAAAUUCGAUUUUGACUCACCUGGCUCCGUGGGCCAAAAUCCACUUCUCCGAGGACCACUCAGUCGGGCAGAUGGCACAGCUGUUAGACAGUCUAGCGUUUGAAGAACGAGGCAUCUUCAGAAAGAAGGCAAACAGCGAGCCGAUGUCGCGCACUCAGAUGGAGCACAUUGUAAACCACUUCCAGACUCUGUUUGAUGUGCCCAACAUCGAGGGGGUCUUCCCGCGCAUGAACGAGAUCUACACCAAACUCGGCGAGGUCUACAACGUCCUGCACACGCUCAAGAAUCUUCUCAGUCUGCCGGAGGACGUGAACUCAUCCAGUGUGGUGGACGCUGUCGGGCAGCUGUGUGAAUCUCACAACACGACAACAACGCGACAGCUACAACAACUUCUACAGACCGACGACCUCAGUGGGGUUAUACGGCGACUGGAUGAACACUCACAGUUCUUUCCGGCUUUCAAGCAGAUCAUGGUGAAAUUAAUGGAAAUACUAGAUGUUGACAGAAUUGAUCAAGUCAUUCCGGCUGUUCGGGCACUCAAAAUGUUGUCUUCCUGAAAAAGCACAUCAUGUAUUUUUUAUUAUUAUUAUUGUACAUACACUUCUCCGAUUCUAAUUUGCCUCAUAACCAAUGACAAUACCUCACUAUGCAGGGCUUUCUCAAUCUUACACAGCAUACACAAACAUGGAAGCUUGAAACAAAAAAACAACAAACAAAAAAGCUAAUUAUUGUUGGAUAACCAGAUGCAUUUUUUCUUUGGAUUUUUUAAAAGAGUAAAAUACUAUAACUCCAUUUUGUUCGGUUGAUGCAAAUUGAAAUAUAUUUAGUUAAAUAGUUUAUUAUACUAUCAAGUCAUGUA